AUGAGGACCAUCAAAGGCGUCGGCGUGCCGUCGGUUCGCCUCGUCCUCUCCUACGUCUUCGACUGGAUCGUCAUCAUCGCCAUUGCAGCCAUCGCCGGCGGCUGGGAAUAUGUCGAGCCCUUCCGACGACCCUUCUCGCCCGUCGACCUCUCGAUAUCGUACCCGUACCAGACCAGCGAAAUGAUACCGACAUGGCUCCUGGUCGUAGUCUCACUCAUUGCGCCCGCCGCCAUCGUCAUGAUCGUCUGUCUUGUCUGGGUCCCUGGACCAACUGCCGAACGCGGAACACCCAAGUCGCUCAUCUGGAGGAGGAAGCUUUGGGAAUGGAACACCGGUUGGAUGGGUCUUGCGCUUUCGCUCGCGACUGCGUUCCUCAUCACACAGGGCAUGAAGAACCUCUUCGGAAAGCCGCGACCUGAUCUUCUGUCAAGAUGUGACCCAGACCUCGAAAACAUUCGGAAAUACGCUGUCAAUCCUGUUGUUGAAGAGGUCUUCAAUCCAGCUUGGGUACUCGUCACCUCGGCCAUCUGCAGAAACACCGACAACGACAUUCUCAAAGACGGCUUCAAGUCCUUCCCCAGCGGCCAUUCCAGCUGUAAGCCCUCUCUCUCUCCCAUCCUCCGCAAACAACCCGCUAACCCAGUUCUUUUAGUUUCCUGGGCCGGCCUCCUCUACCUAACCCUCUUCCUCGCCUCCAAAUUCUCCGUCGCAAUCCCCUUCCUCCCCCACCGCCCCUUCUCCACAAACCCCGCCCACACCUCCGCCAUCUCCCCCUCCAACCUCAAGAAACAAGCCACCCUCCCCAUCCACAAACAAGACUCGUCCCUCUCCUUCCCAACCUCCUACAACGACGACGCCGUAGUCCCUAUCCGCUACCAAAACGCCGCUCCACCCGUUUACACUUUAGUCCUCAUCUUGGUCCCUAUUUGCGCCGCCAUCUACAUAACAAGCACCCGCUUUACCGAUUUCCGCCAUUUCGGGUUUGAUAUGUUGUUUGGUACGCUGAUUGGCGUGACGUGUGCUUGGUUUUCGUUCCGCUGGUAUCAUCUGCCCAUUACACGGGGUGCGGGAUGGGCCUGGGGCCCUAGGAGCUACGAUCGCGCGUGGGGCAUUGGUGUCGGCAGGGGCAGCUAUGUUGGUACAGAGGGCUGGAGCAGGAAUGGAGGCAGUGAGACUGCGCUCAGGAGACGUGCGGAUGCUCAGGGUACUGCGAACGGGCAUAGUGUGGACGAGAGUGAGUUGGGUGUGCUGAAUCGUAAUGGCGCGCCGCAUGCUGGGAACCCGCCGAGUUCAAUGCACUCGAGAGUUGGGACCGCGCAGGAGGUUUGA